AUGCACCGAACCCGGAGACGUCUGCGACGCGACCUGCCGCCGGACCGGCACCUGCAUCCAAAUACACGACGCCUACGUCUUCAAGGAGACGCGCGACUGCACUCCCAACUUCUGCGUUCAAAGCGAAUGGGAAGCCAUCUGCAGCACGGCAACCAAGUGGCGGCGCCGUCGACGGCGGAUGUCGUGGAGAAGAAAUUCGACCCGCGAGUGUUCAGCUCGAGGGCGGGGCGCGCGUGGGAGGUGUGCACCAAGGCGGGCGCGGCCUGCGAUGCCACUUGCCGCCGGACGGGCAUUUGCAUGGCCACAGGCGGCGCCUACGCCUUCCGCGAGACGAGCCACUGCGGCGAGCGCGUUUGCGCCCCUAAUUCUCAAGAGCUAGGAUGCGACAUGACUGGUGUGUAUCCGGAUCCUUAUAAUUGUCACAAUGUUCUCAACUGCGUAGCAGGGAGAGUGGCAUCAUCUGUAACCAUCUGUAGCGAAGAUACGUCUUAUGACAGUUGCACUGGUUUUUGUGAUGUUAUACUACCCGGGCGUCAAUGUUUUCCCCAAGCACCCUUGUGCAAAUUUAUUGGGGAUUUUGGCACUUUGCCUUAUAAUGAUCGCAUCUACUUCUACUGUGUGCAGGACGAAGAAGGUUUGCUGCACCCCGUAUUGGGACGAUGUUCUCAAGGCUAUUUUGACACUGAGACUUUCAGCUGCACUGCAAGCGAAAUUCCAGGCUGUAUAAGGAACUAAAUAUUAAAAAGCAGAAUGUAUAAAUAAAAAACUUUUUCUUUCGAAUCCAGUAAGUUUUUGCGAGUUUUAGCAAUAAUUAUAUUAACGUUUUACGUUUUUCAUUUCAAUACAGACUCAACGAAAGUAGGGGAAAAUCUGGAUAACUCCAAAACAAUACGAUUCUGAUUUUUGUCAUCAUAUUUCACGUUUACAAAUAAAAUACAUG